AUGUUCCAUGAAGGAACUUUACAGAGCGGUAUUGCCCUUGCCAUCAAGGAACAAAAGCUCGUCGCUUGCUUUGUGCGAGACGACGGAGCCACGAGCAAGGAAUGGGAAGAAGAGUGGCUGACCAGUGGAUGGCUUUCCAGCCUCCUCGCUCAAAAGGCUGUUGUCUUGCGACUUGAAGCAGGCUCCACCGAGGCUGGAUUCCUCGCCGCCUUCUCCGAUCUCUCAGAGAUUCCCACCUUUGUCGUUAUACACAACGGGCAACUUCAAAUACAACUCAAGAGUCACGUCACCAAGGAUGAGUUUAUCAACUCCAUCAGACGAGUGCUCGGAGCCAACCCCAUUCCGGGUUCCAAUACAGCACCAACGUCACCACCACAGGCCGGUACCCUAGACUCAUCCAGUAGUUACAACACUGCAGCCGCUGAGGACGAUUUGUACGGGCCCGAAGAACCCUACACACCCACACAAGCUGAACCCGCAGCUGCGCCCCCACCGUCAGCGAACGCAAAAGGCAAGCAAAGGAUGGCAUCAGCGUCGACAUCGAAAUCCACUUCGUCUGCGUCUACAAACAAAGCACAGCAAGAAGCUCGCGAUGCCUUACGGAAGAAGAAGAAAGAAGAAGCAGAGGAAUUGGCACGUGUAAAGGCACGAAUAGAGGCAGACAAGGCAGCAAGAAGGGCAGAAGCAGAAGCAAGAAAAGCAGAACGGGAGAAGGAGCGAAACAAGGAAGCUCAAACAUCGCCUCCACCGCACACAACAACAUCGUCUUCAAGGGGGUCACGGGCAAAGCACGUCAAUUUGAAUGUGCGGUUAUUCGACGGGCGCACGAUACGCUCGACAUUUCCACGCGAAGCCACACUGCAGGAAGAAGUGAGGAAAUGGAUAGAUUUGGAGUUUUCUAAGCUCUCUCAAGACGAUGCAAACAUCAACCACAAGCAGCUUCCUCCUUACUACUUUCGCCACAUCCUUGCACCUCAGCCAAGCCGCGAGCUCUCGGCGGGUGACGAAAGUCAAUCAUUAGGCGACAUUGACCUUGCACCCAGCGCGACUCUAGUCCUUGUUCCAGUAAAAGGAUACACAGAGGCGUACUCGGGGGCAGAAGGCGGCGUCGUAGGAGCCGCUACGGGCCUUGUAGGUGGCGCAUUUGGGCUGCUGGCCUCGACAGUCGGCUUUGUGAGCAACACAAUUGGUUCUGCUAUAGGGUACGGCUCGCAAGGUGCAUCAUCGUCAUCUUCGCAACAGCAACACCGGCCUGGUGGUGGUCACACCGUGGGUUCUAGAACUAGCCAGGAACCUCAGCACGAUACUCCCAAUAAUCCAGGCUUUCGAGUACGCACACUGGCUGAUCAAAGGGGCAGAGAGCCCCAGCAGUUUUACAACGGGAAUCAGUUGAGUACAGAGCAUAGGCCCGAAGACAACGAUAAGCGGGACUGA